AGUGUCAUCGAUGUCAUCUUUUCUAUGUUGAUUUUUUUAGGAAAAAUUUGUUAAAAACAUUUAUAAAUGUAUCGGUUUUUGUGAAGUUAAAUAAUUCAUUCACAAAUUACUUUAAGAACAAUGGCUGAACCUCUAAAAAUCGGUCAAAGGGUGGAAGUUUCUGCAAAAGGGGUACAGGGUACAGUUGCCUUCAUCGGCAAAACAGGAUUUGCCCAAGGAACAUGGAUUGGUUUAAUACUGGAUGUACCGAAAGGAAAAAAUAAUGGAUCUGUGAAAGGACAAGAAUAUUUCAAGUGUGAAGAAAAUCAUGGAAUGUUUGUUAAAGAAAAUCAGGUGGUAGCAUUAGAUGAACAUGGAAAACCUUUGCCUAUAAGAGAGCCCCCACCAUCUAAAAUUGCUAGAAGUAGACAAAGCAUGCCAAACAUGAAACCAAAAAUUACUACGGUACGUAGAAAAACUUCACCUCAGGGAUCUACUCUUUCAGCUUCCAGUUCAAGAAUGUCAUUGGCAAGCAGUAGGCAUUCCUUAGCAGGAAGCCGGCAGUCAUUGUCUGGUAGUCGGCAGUCUUUGAGCGGUAGUAGGACGCACUUGGAAUCGCCGACAGUUGAUAAACAGCCAGACCCGAAUGAAUCUCAAAGUCAAGUUCCGAAAAGAGCGUCGUUUGUCGAGACUGGUUUUGUGGAAACGUUAAAACCGCAGUUUACACCCGGACAGGCAAUGACUACUGCUCCUACUCCAGUGACAUCAAUGGAUGAAAAAAUAAGUAACCUUCAGCUCCAGCAAGAGUUAGAAAAUAGAAGUCAACAAAUAGUUGAUUUAGGAGAGAAAUUAGAAACGCUAAAGAUCAAGAGGCAAGAGGAUAAAGAGAGACUCAAGAACUAUGAGAAAUUAACUAUACAGCUUGAGCAACUGGUGGAGUUUAAGUCGAAGAUAAUGAGCAGUCAAGCUAUGUUGCAGCGAGAGCUACAAAAAGCCAAACAGGAUGCCAAAGAAGCAAUCGAAGCGAAGGAAACACACGCAGAAGAAGUGGCUGAUCUUGCAGAGGCUGUAGAAAUGGCAACUUUGGACAAAGAAAUGGCCGAAGAGAAAGCAGAAACUUUGCAGUUGGAAUUGGAUGUAUGCAGAGAAAAACUCGAGGAGGUUACAUUGGAUUUAGAAAUUUUGAAGGCUGAGAUGCAAGAAAAGGGAACAAGUAUAUCUUCAGCCCAAGAGCAGUUGUCGGCUUACGAGCUGAAGCAACUUCAUCAGCAGAAUGCUAGGUUAAGAGAAACGGUGGUGAGGUUAAGAGAUCUUUCUGCCCACGAAAAACACGAGUAUCAAAAGCUAUUGAAAGAUAUCGAUCAGAAGAAAUCUGAAAUUACGGAAUUGGGCAAAACUAAAGAAAAGUUAAGCACAAGGGUCGAAGAAAUGGAGCAAAUGAUUAGUGAUCUUCAAGAACAGGUUGAUGCAGCUUUAGGUGCGGAAGAAAUGGUUGUGAUAUUGAGUGACCAGAAAUUAACAUUGGAAGAAAAAGUAGCAAAGCUGCAGGAAGAGGUUUCAGAUUUGGAAGUAUUGCAAGAUAUGAACGAUCAGUUGGUUGACAGUAACGCAGAGCUGGAAGCUGAUUUAAGGGAGGAACUCGAUAUGGCGCAGGCAGCUACUAGAGAAGCUUUACGUGAUAGAGAUGCAGCUUUAGAAACCAUAGCUGACAGAGAACAGACAAUAAGCAAAUUCCGGCAAUUAGUUCAUCAGCUUCAAGAACAAUCGUUGGAUCUCCAGCAUCGUUUAGAGAAUGAAACUAGUAAACCCGUUUCGGCCCUUCCAGAAAUAAUUGACUUCAAGAAGAUGUUCACAGAAACAAAAGCGCACAUUAAAGCUAUAGAUUUGGAGUUAAGAAGAAUUGAUGUCACCCAAUUGCAGCAGCAUAUUAAGUUUUUGAGUUCGUAUAUGCCGGAUUCUUUCAUGACAAGAGGAGGUGACCAUGAUGCAGUACUUGUGAUAUUAUUAAUUCCGAGAAUGAUCCAAAAGUUGGAAAUCGUUCUGGGACAAGUAAAAGAUAAAUUUGGUGCUAUUGAAAAGAAGGUUGAUAUGAAUGCAGUUAUGAAAGGCCAUUCUAUCAAUCAGUAUACUUUUAAAUGUAGAAUAAGCUUUUAUGUUUAUGCAAUUCAGAUAAUUCUCCAUCAGUAUUACUACGUACUUAAUACCUGCAAACCAGAAAUUUUAUUAAAAGUCGGUGCCACAUAUCCCGAAAUGGCUGGCCAAGAAAAGAUCAUCGACGACUUCAUAGAACUAUUAAAGAGAGACCAAUUAGACGAGAAUAUUUCCAUGGAAACUUUAGAAAAAUGCGUGAAUUACUUCAAUACUCUCUUUCCAGUUUUGUUCGGUCCAGACGCGAAAUUGAAUCACAUGCAGUUGUUAACCGAUAACGCUAAAUGCCUGACAACACUUACGGAUAGUUUUAUCGUGGAUUCGGCAGUUAUCAAAUGUUUGAUGGAGAGCUCAAAAGGUGAUAUGGAACUUCUCUGUCAACAUGUAGUCACCUCAUCAGAAACGCUGCUGCAACAAUUAAAAUUAAUAAAGAGGCGAUUGCCUAUGGAUACUAAUAUUUCCAAUUUGGGACUGAACAAAGAAGUUCAUGAAAACCUAUUCCAGUGCUACCAACAUGCUUUAAAAGUAUCUAAAACGCUGAAUGAUGUAGUAAGGACUACCAUCCAGACUCUCGUAGCUAGUGGAGACACUGAACAGGGCGUAACUCCUGAUAAGGUGAAAGACAUAGCCAUCAACGCAAGCGAGAAGUUUUACGAACAAGAUGAUUUGGGACCAGUGCAAAGUAUUAAGAAUUCUUUGAAUUUUAUCUUGACGCAGAUUACACAAUUAGCGCAAUAUCUACAAGAUAAUGAAUACGAGAUAACUACUGCUAGUAAAAAUGAAGAAAAGACUGUUCCACCUAUUAAAGUAAGAGCAGAUGCCGUCAAGAAAGAACUAGAACAAACAAAAACACUAACGAGCAAGUUGGAGAAUAAAGAAUCUGACAUUAAAGAAUUAAAGAAAUUAGUUAAAGAAAAGCAGGAACAUCUUUCGGAAAUGACAAUCCGAAAAGAACUCGCCGAAAAGAAAUUAGGAAACGUCAAUAAAGACUAUGAAUUGACUAUUGAAAAGUUGCAGAGGAAGUUAGAAGAGGCACACAACAACUACAAAAAGAAAGAAAAGGAAUUUGAAGAAACAUUGGAUCAUUUACAAACUGAUAUAGAUUCGCUGGAGAGUGAGAAGGGCGAGAUGAAAGAAAAAUUGAAGGUAAUGUCCAAGAAAGCUGCAAUGGAAUUUUCAAAGGGAAUUCCCGGUACUCAACUACCAUCUCUCCAAUCAGUUGGUCCCACACUUCCCGCUGUUGUUAAAGAUUCUCCAUUGCUUAUGCAAGAAAUCGACAGCCUUAGAAAAGUAUUCCAUCAAGAGCGUAACCAAAGAAUCAAACUGGAGAACCAAAAGCUUAAGGACAUGCUAGAUAGCAUGAAACCUCUCCCAACUUUCAAAAGCACACCAGACUCCGUUUUGGAAGGAUUGUUUAAGCAAGGAGCAGCUCUACAACAGGAAAUUUUGAUGAACCUGGCAAAGCCAACUUUCCCGUCUAUAUAUAAAUUGAAGCCUGGUAACGGCCCUGCUGCUUGGAAGCGCCAUUUUGCCGAAGAACAAAAUAAGUUGCUAGCUUUCAAUAAGGCCAAAGAAGAAUUCCAGGCCAAAGUGGCUGCUGAAAUAGUUAAGAGGAAGGUUGGUGGAAAGGUAGAAGCUGAUUUGGCCACUUUCCCGACAAAAGAAAUGACAAAAGCGCUUAACGAGAGCAAACCUGUUAACGUAGGUUUCGUUAAAAUCUCCAAAGAACUCCUUCCGCCUAGCGAAAAUCCCAAAAUAGUAAAUCUGGAUCUUGAUUUUGAUAGUAUGCAAAAAAUUCUUCGUACGCUUGUAGCUAAAUAAUUUUUUACUGAAUUAUAUAAUAUAUUUAAUUUAUUUGUAAGCAAUAUUACUAAAUUAUCAAAAUGAUGGCUUUAAUAAACGUAUACAUUA